AUGGAGAAACUGAAGAAAUCCAGGACACCGAUAAGGGCGGCCAUUACCAGGAGGACCAAUGCAAUAGAACAUGAAGUCUCGCAGGAUAAUCCCGGGAUGGUGGACUUGCAAACGUUGUAUAGAGGACUACUCAAAUCUGCCACAGACCUGGACGACCUUGAUGAGAAGAUUUUGGGCGUGAUGUUGGAUGAUAGCACGGAAGAAGAAUACGGCGAAGAAUAUAUCAAAAUUGAAGAAUAUCGAUACAAGAUCUACCGUGCAAAAUCCAGAAUUGAGUUGCUCAUGGCUCGUCCGUCAAGUGAUAAUGGUGCCACUGGUAGUUUUGCGUCAGAUUUCUCGUCAAACAAUGGAGCGGCAGAAUCGUCCAAGAAGAAGACGUUCAAGUUGCCGAAGAUAGAAAUACCGAAGUUUGACGGGGAUUUAAAGAACUGGUUGGGAUGGUGGAGUCAGUUUGAGAAGAUCCAUAAUGAUGAAGAUCUUCAUAACAAUGAUAAAUUUCAAUACCUGCUCCAAGCCACAGAACCCAAGUCAGAGCCCCGAUCAAUUAUUACUGCCUUCCCUGCUACCGGAGAGAAUUAUGGAGCAGCCAUACAGUCCCUGAAGAGAAGAUAUGGUCGAGAAGGAUUGCAGCUUCAAGUAUAUUUGAGGGAGCUGUUAAAUCUUGUGAUUGCCAACGUAACAUCAAAAGAGAAGAUACCGUUGGACAUACUAUUCCUCAAGUUACAGACGCACUUGAGAGCUUUGGAUACAUUGGACCAGAGUAAGGCUGAGCCAUCCAUGUAUUUUUAUCCUCUGGUGGAAUCGAGUCUCCCAUCAGAAGUAUUACGGGCGUGGUUGAGAAUCCCAGCUCAAAAUGAUCAAGACGGUCUCCCACGAAAAAGCAAGCUGACACAUCUCAUGGCAUUCUUGGAGAAAGAAGUCGAAGGAGAGCAGCAAAUAUUCUUAGCUCAACAUGGGUUUGGAUCAAGUAAAAUUCCUUCAGUGCGGACGGAUCAGCAUCACCAAAAGAGCAAGAAGUACGAAGGUGGGGAGAAGCCUUUCACGGCAGCAGCGUUAUAUUCGGGAAGCGUUAAGGAAAGCUGUCUAUUUUGUGGGAAGUUAGGGAAUCAGAGUCAUACCUGCUUCCAUCUCAAGAAAAUGAGUCAAGAAGAGAAAAACAUGAGAAUGAAAGAAGCAAACGUGUGUUUCAAGUGCCUAAAGAAAGGACAUCGUUCUCGUGAAUGCAAAGCAGGAGUGAAAUGCGCCACAUGUGGGGGUAACCAUUAUAAACUCUUGUGCUAUGAAAAGAAGGAGGAGGAGUCAGUCCAGCAAAUUACAGAUGGGAUUCAGACUCUAACCACGAUUCAACAUGCGGUGACAAUGGGAGCCACCGUACUGGAUGAAAAACGUGUCCUCCAAGGCACCAUGAAGGUGAAAGUGUAUGGUGCUAACGACCUCGUCGAGGAACUGAAGCUAGCCCCGGUGGGAAAAGGCGUCUUCUCUACCGAAGUGCUCGGGGGCGGCUAUGAAGUCAGUGCCAGAAAGAAGUACGAGGUCAAGAUUGAGGGUUUGCCGCGGGGAGUUCCCAGUGAGAAAGUGCAAUUACCUCCCUUCAGUGCCAAGCUAAUUUGUGACGGCUUAGGCCCAAUUCCAGUCGGCCCGUGGAUAAGGAAACUACUUAAGCUAAAUGUAGUUCUCACCGACUGUCAUGCAGAAUCGAAUAAAAUUGAUGUCCUCAUCGGAGCAAAUCUCCUGGCAAAGCUGUGCACGGGAAAAGUCAUCCAUUUGAAUGAGGAAAUAAUGGCCACCGAGACGAAGAUCGGAUGGUAUGUGAAUGGCGAAGUUCCAUAUUUGAAGACUCCAUGCCUAGCUACAAGAGCAAUUGCGAUGACGGUGCGUUCGCAAGAAAUUACGGCCUUGUGGGAGUUAGACGCCUUGGGGAUCACCGACAGUGCGGAAAAGAAGACUCAGAAUGAGCAAGAUCUCGAGGUGAAAGAAGACUUUCAGAGAAGACUGUCAAGAACCAAAGAUGGCAGAUAUGUGGUCAAGCUUCCAUGGGUGAGCGAGGCAGUGUCCCUACCCUGUAAUAAAUCAGUCGCCGCCAAGCGUCUAGAGGGAGCCACCAACAAGCUAAUUAGCAAGAAUGAGUUUGAAAAUUAUGAUGAAAUUUUCAAGAGCUGGGAAACGGAAGGGAUAAUUGAAGAAGUGCAAGUGCCAGAGAACGACACCAGUGGACACUAUCUUCCCCACCGUCCAGUAUUCAAGCCUGAAAGUCUCACGACGCCAGUGCGACCAGUGUUCGAUGCGUCGUGCAAAGUUGGAAGGAAUCCAUCCCUCAAUCAGUGUUUGGAGAAAGGCCCGAACAUGUUAGAAUUGAUACUCUCCAUCCUGCUGCGGUUUAGACGUGAAAAGGUGGGAGCAAUCUCGGAUAUUAGAAAGGCAUUCCAGAUGAUUGAAGUACAGGAAGGGGACAGGCAAUUCCAACGAUUUCUAUGGUGGAAAGAUGUGGAAAAGAAGAUUAUGAAAGUUUAUCAACACUGCAGAGUUGUGUUUGGCCUCAACUGUAGUCCGUUCGUCCUUGCAGCUGUCUUAGAAGCUCAUCUGAAGAGCGUUCCAGAAAGCGAGCGAGAAACCAGUGAAAAGUUGAUGAGGUCGCUGUACGUCGACAACAACGUGAGUUCUUUCCGCACCAUCGAAGAGUACGCCCAUUUCAAGAUACAAGCCGUCGAGAUGUUGGCCAGAGCAAGUAUGGAUCUUCGCCAAUGGGAGUCCAACACGGACGAAGAAAUGGAGCGAAACGUUACCUCAGUCCUUGGUUACCAAUGGGACAAGAGGGAAGAGGUGUUGUUUUGUGUUCUACCUAAGGGAUGGGGAAGUGAAGAGCGACCCACCAUUACAAAAAGAAGUGUACUAUCCGUCGCAUCACAAGUGUUUGAUCCGAUUGGGUUUACCUCCCCAGCAGUCCUCCAAUUGAAAGUUCUUCUCCGAGAAUCGAGGGCAGAAGAACUGAAAUGGGAUCAAGAGUGGGACGAUGCUGGGAAGGAAAGAGCUAUGACUUGGUGUUCCGAGAUGGCGGCGUUGGGAGCCAUUAAGUUACCGAGAUGGGCCGUCCAAGGCGACGAGUUACAAAUACACGCCUUUGGAGAUGCCAGCCAAGAUGCCUACGGGGGGAUUGUGUUUGUGAGAAGUGUCGUGAAUUCACAAUGUGUACAAGUCCAACUCCUAAUGGCGAAGUCAAGAGUGUCACCUCUCUUCAAUGAACAAAAUGUUAAGAAGAAGGGGAAGAAAAUGACCAUUCCUAGAGCCGAAUUGAUGGGGUGUUUGGUUGCAGCAAGACUUGCAGAAACAGUGAAAGAGGCCAUGGACUUUGCAGACGUCCCAACCUACUAUUGGUCAGACUCAACCACAGCUCUAGCAUGGAUAAGACGUGAUGAAGAUUGGGGGACUUUCGUGGGCAAUAGGGUGCGCCAAAUUCUGAAGCUUUCCGAGAAAAGUCAGUGGCGUCACGUUCCUGGGAUAAUGAAUCCCGCAGAUCUCCCAAGUAGAGGCUGUUCGCCCAAUGAACUACUGGAGUCAAAAUGGUGGGAGGGUCCCGAUUGGCUAAGAAAACCCGAAUGUGAAUGGCCUCGAGAGCCAGAAGACUUGAAUGAAGAAGAGGUCGCAAUUGAGAAAAAGACCAGAAGUUUGGUAGGAGUUGAUUUGUCAAUGAAGCCGAUGCAGCUACGACACGCCUCCUACAUCAAGAAUAUAAGACUCGUCGCUCGUACAAGGAGAGUUUUGUUGGGAGAAAAGUUCCCAGCAUUAAGGCGUCCUCUCAGUUUGAUGGAGUUGAGAAAGGCAGAGGUGACACUGUGGAUUGCCCUGCAAGAAAAAUACUUUCCCAACCUUAAGAAGAUCCAAGUACGGGUGGAGAAAGGUGAAGAUCAGCUGCUGCGUGUCAAAAGCAAACUGGAGUAUAAGGAAGACGCUGACGCGUUCCGAAAUCCCAUACUACUUCCAGAUGAUUGCCCACUAGUACACGAGUUGAUCCGAGAAAUUCACCGUGCGUACGGACAUGCCGGGAUUCAAUUUGUAAUUAACAAGCUCCGCGAAAAAUAUUGGAUACACCGAAGCAGAAAAACCGUGACCAAGGCCCUUAGACAGUGUGUCAUCUGUCGACGACAUGAAGCCAAACCACUGCAAGUAGAUCCUGUCGCCCUGCCUACGAAGAGAGUAACGCCAGGGGAAGUUUUCACGACGACCGGGGUGGAUUUGGCUGGGCCUCUAUUUUUGAAAGACAAGUCGAAAGUGUGGGUAGUUCUCUAUACGUGUGCAGUGUAUAGAUGUGUGGUGCUAGACUUGGUGGAUUCGUUGGACUCAGAGUCGUUCAUACGAUCCUUGCAAAGAUUUGUGACUACCUAUGGGAGGCCCAACACCAUCUAUUCAGAUAAUGGGACGAAUUUCGUUGGAGCCAACAAUUUGUUUAAGAAUCUGGACUGGGAGAAAAUUGAGAAAACCAUGGAUGUUCCUCAGAUCCAGUGGAUUUUUAACCCACCCACAGCAGCUUGA